AUAUCACGGACGUGUGCCUUUGUAAAUAAGUGCUGAAGCUGUUGUUUCCGAGUUUACGUGAAGAUGGUAUGUUGAAACCGUGCUGCAUUCGCGUGACGUGGUUCAUUUCCGGGGCAAAAACAGAUUCGUGGAUUUUAAAACUCCACCUGCGGAGGAUGACCUCGAUAACUGGUUGGCUGCUGCUUCUGUUCAUCCCUACAGUGGUGUGGUCAGUUCCCAUUGAUCGUAAUGGAGGCGAGCCCAAACAGGAAGUGCAGGAGGAGAACAUGGACACGGGUCUGUACUACGACCGGUACCUGAGAGAGGUGAUAGACGUUUUAGAGACCGACCCUCACUUCAGAGAGAAACUGCAGACGGCAAACACAGAGGACAUCAAGAACGGGCGUCUCAGUAAGGAGCUGGACUUGGUUGGUCAUCAUGUCAGGACCCGACUGGAUGAGCUGAAGAGGCAGGAAGUUUCUCGCCUCAGGAUGCUGCUGAGGGCCAAACUGGACAGCACCAACACACAGAGUCUUCAGAUGGACCACGCCUCUUUGCUGAAGCAGUUCGAACACCUGGAUCCACAUAACCAAAACACCUUCGAGGCCAAAGACCUGGAGCUGCUCAUCUCAACCGCCACCAAGGACUUGGAGAACUACGAUGUAGAGAGGCACGAGGAGUUCAAGCGUUACGAGAUGCUGAAGGAGCACGAGAGGAGGGAGUACCUGAAGGGCCUGGAUCAGGAGAAGAGGGAGAAGGAGGAAAAAAGGAUACAGGAGCUGAAGGAGAAACAUCGCAAGCAUCCUAAAGUCAACGCUCCGGGAAGUGUUGCUCAGCUGAGGGAGGUUUGGGAAGAGACGGACGGAUUAGACCCUCAGGAGUUCAAUCCUAAAACGUUCUUCAAACUUCAUGAUACUAAUGAAGAUGGAGUUUUAGACGAGCAGGAAUUAGAGGCUCUCUUCAUCAAAGAGCUGGAGAAGGUCUACGACCCAAAGAACGAAGAGGAUGACAUGAUGGAGAUGGAGGAAGAAAGGCUGAGGAUGAGGGAGCAUGUCAUGAAAAAUGUGGACAUAAACAAAGAUCGGCUCGUCAGCCUGGAGGAGUUCCUCAGAUCCACAGAGAAGAAGGAGUUUAAUAACCCUAAAGAAUGGGAGACGCUGGAUGCUAAGCCGUUGUACACGGAGGAAGAGCUCCAGCGAUUUGAAGCCGAGCUCAGAGACAGAGAGGAGGAGCUGAAGAGGAAAGCAGAGACUCUUCGUCAGGAGCAGGAACUGCUGAGGGAAAGAGGCAAAGCCCUGGAGGCGCAGAAACGAGAGUAUCAACAGGCAGUUCUAGAAAUGUCUCAAAGGCAAAAAGAACAGCAGGCAGCUGGAAAUGGCCAGGCCCCUGCUGGUCCAAACGGAGAGCUUCAGUUUCACCCACAAACACAGAAACCCGAAGAGGUAAAAGUUCCUGUGGAAGGCCAAAACAAUCUGCCAGCAGAACCUCCUCAGAACCUCCCCUCACACACUUAAAAACUGCAGCCACAGACAGCCGGCCGCACGGCACAUACACACACGGAGGCACAUGAGUUUGAGUGAAUUAGUUACAUGUUUAUAAAUGAAGAUGAACCAGAUCAUUGAACAUGACAUGUUGUGCUGUGUGUUCAUCUCUGUGGUCUAUAUUAGAUUAAGGAUUUAAAACACACCAGUUUUAGUGCAUGUAUGUUUGAGUAUCUUCAGUUUCAGUGAAGUUUUAAUCAUACUAUUUGUUUGUGUGAUAUCAGGAAUAAAUCUUUAAUUUAAAAUCUCUGAAACUAGACUUAUUCAAGGAACUUGUUCUGCAGACAUGAAAAUAUAACCUGCCUCGUCUGCUUUCUACAUUUCACACCAUUGGUUUGAUAUUAGAGGUGUAAGCGUCAGUUCAGAAGAGGGGUUUAUUUGUUGCUUUCUUUUACAAAUAAACAUCUAACAUUGUUUUGUUUUUAAUACUCUGAAAGCCCUAAAGAAAAUCUGUUCCAACAAACUGA